UUUUUUUUUUUUGCACUUGAUAUUUGUCAGUUGUGCGAUUACGUGAAUUCUGUUGGACGUUUACGUUUGUAUUGAAUUUGCCAUAAAAAUGAAUGCAGCCCCACGAGCCGCUUUCAACCAACUGCUACGACGCGGCUACAGCCAAGCUGCUAAGGGCACAGGUGCCUCAAGACCCGCACCAAGCAGCGGGAGCCGAGUCGCCGCCACACCUGGACCAGCAGCACCACCCGUAAAGAACGUAACUGGACUAAGCAGCGCCUGUGUGAGGCCGACAUCGACACCAGUUGGUCCUGGAGCAUCUCCAACUGGCGACUACAAAGUUCCCGAAUAUUUCUGUUUCAAUCGGUUCAGUUAUGCGGAAGCUGAGGUCGAAAUGGCCAAAUACCGUUGCCCCCAGCCAUCCGCAUUGAAUAAAAACUAAAAUAUUGUAAUUAAUGAGCAAAGAGUCAUA